GUUUACUUGGAAUUUGCUUGAAACCUGACAUGAUGAGAACUGGAUCGGUUACGGGGCGUUAUCGACGGCAAAACGCUACGAAUUUGUGAUUUUAACAAUUGAGUUCUAUGAUACAGUUUUUUUUUUUUUUUUUGGUAAAGAUACAUUAAUAAAUAAAUAAAUAAAAAUCGUUAAUCAUUGCCUGAGCUUCAGUCACAGGCUACCAGAAGAGGUGGGGAGGAAGAGGCAACGUUAUAGGAAGAAAACUCGAUAUUCCUUUAGAUGUAAUUGUUGGUUCUGCUUUACUAAGAGCUGAGACUGUGCUGUGAAACCUCCCCAAAUGUCGGCGAAAUUACAGUUUCCAGCCAUUUUCUGGUGCGUAACAGGUAUUUUGGCUUCUCACGCCCAAGAAUGUGGCCGACCACCGCUAAUGGAGAACAGAAUAGUGGGAGGGAUGGACGCCGCAGAUGGGGCUUGGCCGUGGCAGGUGGAUGUUCAGACAGUCAGAGACGGACAUAUCUGCGGAGGCUCCAUCAUCACUGAGAACUGGGUCCUAUCAGCCGCUCAUUGUUUCCCCAGUUCAAUAGACAUGAGCUCUUACAUCAUCUACGCUGGCCGGUAUCAGCUGAAUGGCUUUAACCAGCACCAGUCAUCGCACCGUGUGAGCCAGGUGGUGAUCCCUGACGGUUAUGACGAGCCUCACAAUGGGAAGGAUUUAGCACUGGUACAGCUGUCCAGCCCAGUAACCUGGUCAGAGUACGUCCGUCCCGUCUGCUUGCCCGCAUCUGGCACAUUGUUCCAAAGUGACAUGUUGUGCUCUGUCACCGGCUGGGGGAACAUCCGGGACGAUGUCCCUCUGUCAGGAAUCGGCACUCUGCAGGAAGUGCAGGUGCCAAUCAUCUCCCAGAGUUCAUGUCAGGAGAUGUACCAGACGAACCCGACGGAGCAGGUGGACAUCCUGUAUGACAUGAUCUGCGCUGGAUAUCAAGACGGUGGCAAGGACUCCUGCCAGGGGGAUUCAGGAGGGCCUCUUGUCUGCCAGAUGGUAAAUGGGACCUGGGUGCAGGCUGGGGUGGUGAGUUUUGGACUGGGCUGUGCGCAUCCAAACCAGCCAGGUGUGUACACCAGACUGACCAGCUACUCGAGCUUUAUCAGCAACACUAUACCAGAGAUCAGGCUGUACGGCCGAGCUGACCAGAACUGGUGUGGGAGGAUGGCUGUGUUGGUCAGCUGUCUGUCCACUCUUCUGAUCCUGCUUCAGAGAUAAACCACUUUGAAAACUGGAUUUCUGGGAGGUAGAAUGUGAAUCAGGCCAAAUGAAGGAGUUUGAUUGUAAAUGUCUGACUGAAGUCCACAGUGAUCCUGAAUAGUCAAAAUAGAAAACUGUAUCUGACGCACACAUGAAGCCAUAUUGAACAUGAAGUGUACUAUAAUCUUAAUUUUUAGAACUGAAACUCUGCAUUAUGAUCUUUGAGUCAAUGUAGCUUUGAUAGAUUUGUAUUUUAAAUAAGAAUUAUGAGUUAAAUAAAUUGUUUUCUAAAUUUGAAAUAAUUUGAUUCUUAAAAUCAUCUCAGUGCUCUGUUGAACCUCUGCUAAGUGAAUCUGUAUCAUGUUGUAUAUGGACUGAAUUUUCAGCCCUCAACUAUAAACAUAUGAGUGGUUCCCUUUGAAAUAUUA